CUAUCUGUCUCGUUUUCUCAUAGCGCGAGCACAGUGUUUUAAAGCCUGCGGGCUUAUUCCUUUCCAAACUUAUUCAUAAAUUACCAUCCAGCUUGCAGUGUUUUUAAAGUACAAAUUUUACCCGACCACAAAAUACUAAACCGCUUUUGUUUGUGUAGAAAAAAAACAACAUAUAAAUAAAGUGACAGUUUGCAUUCAGGUGCACUGUCCGCAUAGGCUACCCACGGUGUAGGUACACAGAAAGAGCAAGAAGGCAGCCAAAAAAGAAGAAGCUUCCAGAACAUUCGAAUCGUGUUUUUACGGGUGUGCGUGCGUUCGCGGCUACAGGCAAGGCAGAAAGGAAAAUCGGUCCAGAACAGGCGAACAAGAGGCAGCACCUCGUUACGCCUAACCCGUGCGGUGUCCUCCUGUAAAAUCGCACUAGCUUUACAUCGGUUUGUACUGGCGCUACGUGGGCUGCAACGACUGGGACAUCUUCGGUACGCGGAAACAGUAAUACAAGCUCUCGAACUGGUGGGACGAACUAACCUUACUCAAAUACUUUCUGCCGAUCAACGCACGCACACACGAUGGUUUUUGAGACAAAGUUCUACGACAUACUCGGCGUUGCGCCCAACUGCACGCCGGACGAGCUGAAAAAGGCGUACCGGAAACUGGCACUGAAGUACCAUCCGGACAAGAACCCGAACGAGGGCGAGAAGUUCAAGCAGAUCUCGAUGGCGUACGAGGUGCUGUCCGAUCCGGAGAAAAAGGCCAUCUACGACGAGGGCGGCGAGGCCGCCAUCAAGCAGGGUGCGGGCGGUGGCGGUGGCGGCUUCCACAGCCCGAUGGAUAUAUUCCACAUGUUCUUUAACGGUGGCUUCUCGGGACGGAAAAACGAACGACAGACGUCCAAUGUGAUACACACGCUGUCCGUGACGCUGGAGGAGCUGUACACCGGUACGAAGCGUAAGCUGGCACUGCAGAAGAAUGUGAUCUGCGAGUCGUGCGAAGGCAUCGGCGGCAAGCGGGGCGCAUCGCAAAAGUGCGCCCCUUGCCGGGGGACGGGCGUCAUCACGAAGGUGCAGAAGAUCGCACCCGGGCUGGUCCAGCAGUACGAGGAGCGGUGCCGGAACUGCCGUGGGCUGGGCGAAACGAUUGACGACAAGGACCGGUGUAAGGAAUGCAACGGGCGCAAAACGGUACGCAUGCGCAAGCUGCUUGAGGUCGAAGUGUACCCGGGCAUGGUGGACGAGCAGCGGAUCGUGUUGAAGGGCGAAGGUGACCAGGAGCCGGACUGUCGGCCCGGCGACAUCGUACUGGUGGUAGAGGAGAAAUCGCACCCCGUGUUUAAGCGCAACGGCCAGGACCUGCUGGUGUUUCUGCACCUGCAGAUCGCGGAGGCGCUGUGCGGCUUCCGCAAGGUGAUCAAAACGCUGGACGCGCGUGACAUCGUGAUUCAGUCCUGUCCGGGCGAGGUGGUGAAACACCUGUCGACCAAGUGCGUGUAUGGCGAGGGCAUGCCGUUGAUGAAUGACCCAACAGAAAAGGGUCGGCUGAUCAUACAGUUUGUGGUGGGUUUCCCGGACUCGCUGCCCCCAGAGGUGGUGCCGGAAAUUCGAAAGUAUCUUCCCACGCCACAGCCCGAUCCGAUCCCGGAGGACCACGAGACGGUAGAAAUGAUGGAUUUCUCUCUGGAAGAGUACCAAAAAGCGAGCGAAGAGGACGAAGGCAGUGACGAGAGCGGCUCCUACAGCCGGUUCAAUCACGGAGGCGGCCAGCGGGUGCACAUGCAAACGUGCAAUUCGAGUUAAGACGGUUCACACACCACCAAACGUUGCAUGCAACAGCAUUAUACCGACGAGGGCGGAACGGCAGAAGAUCUUCCUAGAACUAGGCAGGGAAAGGAAGGGACGAGGACCAUAACAGUACUUUACCGCCGACUGUUUAUUUUGCCGUCAGCCCAGUCUAUUAGAUAUUCCCAAAUUUAAUAGAUGUGUGUGCGUGUGUGUUUGCGCGUGUGUUAUGUUAUGCCGGAGUGUGAAAGCACUGUUAAUGUAUAGAUCGAGCCUGAGCGAAGAGCUAAGAUUGUCGGUAUAUGUAUUUUCUUAUCUUUUUUGCAAACUCUUAACGAUACCAUAAUAGUGAUAACGAACAGGCAAAGGGAAAUAAUAAGAAGACAGAGAAAAGCGAGAAAAAGAGAGAUGAACAAUAAUUAAGUGCUAAUGGCGACAACAGAACAGAGUAAAACAGUAAUGUAGUGGAGUCUCUCUAAUGUGAACUUUCAACAUUCAUCUUAGGGAAACUAAGUCAACGUGUUGCUAUUGUGUAUCCAAGAACACCAAGUGGUAAACUAUGACUUUCUUUGGCCGCAAAAUAAAGUAUUUCGAACUGCCAUUCAAUAAAUCUUUUAGGAGCAUCAAGGAGAAGUUCGCUUCAGGGUGGCAUUAUUCUUGAAACCCGUCAAAAUGUUUUGAAGACAUCAUCUAUAUCUCAGAGGGUUCACUGUGUUUGUAGCUGCACGCUGUGAAUUUUCGUACGAAUACAAGAGAGGCGAUAGAAGUGCAAAGGGAAAGUAGCGGCAUGGGAGCUGAAAAGGAAAGCGUCAGCACUUGCAUCACGCUGCACACACACACACACACACACCUUUCUGCACACUGCGGAAAAGCCUUUCUCUUUCAUGAAUGUUAUCACAUACAUUCACACAUGAGGGUUUUCUUUUCCUGGUCUCCGACAGCCACAACAUAUGUAUGUGUGUGUACGGUGUGAUGUUCUCGCUCAAUUUUACUCUAUUCUGAGGAAUCCUCUCCAAACCAACAUCAUGCCGUCCCGCCAUCCCAAAGAUGUUUACCUCAUCUGUUCGAAUAUUUUGUAUGGCUUUUCCAGAAGAUGCUCCGGUGUGGCGUGAUCGUGUCAUGUGAAGCACUCAUUUGAGUGCUUGGAUUUUGCAUUAGCUACCUUCCGACAAUUUGUCACACCCACACUGUCGUCGGUGGUGCCUGCCCCGGCUGUGCAUUCCUUAAGGAAAUGUGGGAUAGGAGGAAAGGGUACAUCUAAGAGGGGUUUAGAUGGGAAUAAGGAAAUAUAGCUGCGUAAGGGGACGGUAGGGAGCACUGCCACGAAAAAGUGUCGGAGAGAUAUACCAAUGAAAUAUGGAACCAGAAGAGCGAGGCUCUGUGUAUCACGUUGAAACGGCCGUAUCACUAAGAAAGAGAGAGAUAGCGAGAGAGAGAGAGAGCGAGAGAGAGAGAGAGAGAGAGAGAGAACGAGAGAGAGAGAGCGAGAUGGGCGGAGGAGAAGGUCUGCGCUCUAUUAGGACGCUUCGAUUGUAGGAUAGGAUGCGUGUUGUGUAGCCGCGUUUAUUCGAACGGCAUUGCACAACAUGCAACAUGUUGUGGAUUCGGACCUCAUGUGGAUCGUCCCCCUAUAGCAUGGACUGACAAAUCGGUUGCGAAGUACUAAAUAAGCCCCGAAAGCCUGUAUAUGCGGGUAUCAUCGCGUAGGUCGUUAUGCAAAUAAGAAGUAAAGGAAGAAAACAUGGUUUUAUGAAAGCACCGCAGUGCAGAAGGUAGGCAACAGCGACGUUAUAUAGCGACGAAAAUAUAUAUUAAAGAGAUGAAAAAAAAUCAUCGAGAAUCUGAUUAAAAAAAUAAAUACACCCACAAUACACAUUGCAAGACAAUAUAA